GGCGCCGGUGGGGCUCGCCCGCUGCCGGCAGCCGGGGCGAGGCGGGCAGGAGGGGCGGCGGCCCCCGGCCGGCGGCGCCCGCGGCGCGGGGCGCUAGAGCCGCGGCAGGAUGAACCCCAAUGUCACCUACGCCAGUCGCAAGCGGCGGAAACCUGUGCAGAAAAUUGUAAAGCCAUCCCCRGCCGAAGGAGUCAAGUCCAAUCCAUCCAAGAGACACAGGGACCGCUUGAAUGCGGAGCUGGAUCGCUUGGCGAGCCUGCUGCCUUUCCCUCAAGACGUUAUCGCCAAAUUGGAUAAGCUGUCUGUGCUUAGGCUUAGCGUCAGUUACCUGAGAGCUAAAAGUUUUUUUGACGUUGCAUUAAAAUCUUCUAACUCUACCAGACCAGAAAGAAAUGGCAUUCAGGAAUCCUCUAAAACAGGAAAGAGUGGAGAAGGGAUGCAGAUCCUGGAAGGAGAACUCCUAUUGCAGGCAUUAAAUGGAUUUGUGUUAGUUGUUACAGCAGAUGCUCUGGUUUUUUACGUCUCUUCUACUGUCCAAGACUACUUGGGAUUCCAACAAUCAGAUAUUAUACAUCAGAGUGUGUUUGAAUUGAUUCACACAGARGACAGAGCUGAGUUUCAACGACARCUACAUUGGGCAUUAAAUCCUGCCCAGUCCACAGAUUCUGGACCAAGUAUACAAGGAGAUAAUAGCUUUUCACAGCCAGCAACCUAUUAUAACCCAGACCAACUUCCUCCAGAGAAUUCUUCCUUUAUGGAAAGGAAUUUUGUCUGCAGGUUACGAUGCCUCCUGGAUAAUUCAUCUGGAUUCCUGGCUAUGAAUUUUCAAGGACGAUUAAAGUUUCUUCAUGGACAAAACAAGAAAGGGAARGAUGGUGCUACUUUGUCUCCUCAGCUYGCUCUGUUUGCAGUGGCCACUCCCCUGCAGCCACCAUCUAUCCUUGAGAUACGAACCAAAAACUUCAUCUUCAGAACWAAACACAAACUGGACUUCACACCUACUGGCUGCGAUGCUAGAGGAAAGAUUGUGCUGGGAUACACYGAAGCAGAGCUGUGCAUGAAAGGAUCAGGAUACCAGUUUAUUCAUGCAGCUGAUAUGCUUUAUUGUGCUGAAAAUCACAUCCGAAUGAUGAAGACAGGUGAGAGUGGAAUGACUGUAUUUAGGCUUCUAACCAAAGGAAAUCGAUGGGCCUGGCUACAGGCAAAUGCACGUCUUGUCUACAAAAAUGGAAGRCCAGAUUACAUCAUUGCCACGCAAAGAGCUCUUUCAGAUGAAGAAGGGGCAGAACAUCUACGGAAGCGUAACAUGAAGUUGCCCUUCAUGUUUGCCACUGGUGAGGCUGUGUUGUACGAGGCAUCUUUCCCCAUGUUGAGCCUUAUGGACCCCUCUCAACCGAAGAGUAAAAGUACAAUGAGAAAAGGAGCCAAAGCAACGCUGCAAAAUGAUUCUGUGGAUCCAAACUCCCUCCUGGGUUUCAUGUUAAGUCAAGAUGAGUCUGUUUAUCUCUGCCCUCCAGCAUCRCAUAAACUUUCUUUUGAGCGGAACUUCUUUGCAGACAGCAAGGAUGAACUGGGUGAUGUUGUUAGCAGUGGCUGGACAGACAAUCUCCUACCUACUGGAACUCACAACAUUCUCAAACGGGAGCUGAUGGAGUGUUCCCCGGACAAUACUGUUCCACUUCCUGAAGACAGUGCAGCCCUCUUUCAGGAUAGCAAAACCAGUGAUUUGUACAGCAUCAUGAAAAAUCUGGGUAUUGACUUUGAAGAUCUAAAGUGUAUUCAGCAGGAGGAGUUUUUUAAAACUGAAUUAUCUGAUGUGGAUGAUAUUGCGGACAUCAACAUAACUGACGAAAUCCUGACUUAUGUUCAGGAUUCCUUAAAUAAAUCUGAYUUCUUGUAUUCAGACUGUAACCAGCAGCAGCCCUUAGUCCAGAAUGAAGGCUGCAUGAUACAGCAGGACUUAGAGUCACAUCAACUGGAUCAGCACCAGAAACAGCUCGUGGAACAGCAACAACAGCAGCAGCAACGGCAGCUCUGUCAAAAGAUGAAACAUAUGCAAGUCAAUGGGAUGUUCACAAAUUGGAGCUCUGGCAUCAGCAUGCCUCUUAGCUGCUCACAGCRGCAGCCCCAGCAAUACAUGUUUCCUGGCAUGCAUGCCACUACAUCUGAAUUCCCUUACAAAUCAGAAAUAAACCCUUCCCCUUAUGAGUGUAGGCAAGACUUUGCUCCUUACAAGCAGCCCACAGCGAUGAUGCCGCAGCUUUCUAAUUUUGCUCAAAUGGAUUUUCCUGCAGSAGGUUUUGACAGAUCGACCUAUUCUGCUUCUUCCAACUUUGAGGAUUUUCUCAGUUGUUUGCAGCAAGUCCCUGAGAACCUUGAGUGUGGGAUAAACUCUGAGUCAGUUAUGCUCACYCCUGAAACGUGCUAUGCAGGCGCUGUUUCUAUGUACCCGUGCACGCAGGAGGCACAGCCCAGCUGCGUGGAWCAAAUGCAGUAUGAUCCUAUGAUGACAAAUCAACAACAGCAAACCUUGGGRAACAAGUUCCAAAAUGGUUUCARUGGAGGAAAUGUAAAUGAAUCAUAUCCCUCUCAGUUAGAUGUGAUCAGUAAUGCACAGACUGCCACACAUCUUCAGCCUCUUCAUCAUCCAAAAGAACCCAGAUCCUUCUCAGAUUUGGCAUCUAGUGGAUUUAUGUGAUUCAGACCUAGAGCUCCAUCUGUGAUUUUGUCUGGGCRUCAGGUUGCUCUGAGGAAAAGCUUGAUAAGUCUGUCUUUGAGCAUCAGACUUUAACAGCUAAAUUACAUUUUGAGAAUAUGAGGUUGGUUGCACUAUAUACGGGUGGAUACGUAAUUCAAGACCCGGCUUUUUCGAAUGACAGGUGGAAUUAAAUCUUCCUAUUAAAAGUAUGCAUGUGCUGUUUUCCAUCAGGUUGACUGUGUCCUUGCAGUAUGGAUUGCAUACAUACUACAGACUAUGUCAUGCUAUACAACAUAAGAUAAGGCAAAUGGUUUUGUUGUUUAGAAAAUAAUUGGGCACUUUACAAAUAGCAUUGAUGGCACAAGGAAGGUGAUUUCACACAUAUUUCCAGACUUUAUUUUUAAAAAACUAUUAAAAAAAGCUCUAAAUUAAUGAGAAUCAAAAGCACUUAAUUUUAAUGCAUACUAAGCUCUUUAAUCACUUAUUUUAUAUUUAAAUCCUUUUGUUUUAAGUCUCCAUUUCUAGCACUUUAAUAGAAGGCUUAAUACAAGGAUAUGAUAUGCAACUUCAGGUUUUCUACGAAACAGACCCCUUGCAUUCCUCYUUUUCAUGUCAACCUAAAGUGCCUCACAAUUUAGCUACCUUGUUUCUGAUGGGAGCUUAUUUUAGCAAAACUCACUAUAAAUGUCAUCUCUAGUAUGUGAACUUUUAGCUAACAUCUACAGUGCUACUGGCUGUGUCUUUUUUUUUUCUUUCCCUCUAACAAUUAUUUGUUUAGAGAGUGACUUAAUUCUUUAUCUGUGGAUUUGUUACACUGUUAUCAGGAGUUGUUAAUGUUCUGAAUUUAGUUCAGCUAAGGAAUUUGAGUUUAUUYUAUACUGCUUUUCUGCUUUCUUCAGGUAAUACAGGGUAUAUUAAAAAAGCAGAUUUUGCUGAGGGGGAGGAGCAGAUCCUCAGGAUUAGUUUUAGAUUAUUAAUGCUGAAAAACAUGUGCCUUAUCUUGUGUUAAAACGCUCACAAUGUUCUUUAGAAAUAAUACAAGGCUGCUCUAUGCAAAUAUUUUCAUUAAAAUGAAUAUUGAAAAGGAUUGCAUUUUCAAUAAAAGGGGUAAAGAAGUCUCAACAGUGAUUGCUAUUGACAUUAUUUUGACUGCAGUUUUCAAUGUUAAUAGUGGGGAAAGGAUGAGUUUGGUUUCAAUUUUGUCCCUGGCAAAUUGCACUGCAAAGAACAGACUGGUUAUUUUUUUUGUGUAUGUUGGUCCAUUUGAAAAGCUUUGUGCAUAAURUGAAAUUGGGGAAAUAAAAAGGUCRUUAGAGAAAUUCUCCUUGUAAUAGAACUAGACAUAUCCACUAAAMUUUCUGGGGUUUUGUUUUGCUUUUAUCUGAGGACUGUUAAAAUUGCAGACACCAAUGUUUGGUGCAAAAUAAUAAUCUACGUGAAAAAUACAGAAAUGUGUAUAUGUUCAAAAUAUUUCAUACUCUUGUGUGUUGUAUAGUUCAUAUAUAAUAAAAUGUCUUUGUAAAAUAUUUUAAACAGUUAAUUUURAAGUGUUAUAUCAUAAUAUGUUAUGAACAAUUUUAUUACAUUUGUUAUGUAUAAUGUAAAAUGGCAAUUUAGCCAGUUUGUUUGAAGCAGGCAAAAGUAAAUUGGCUCCCUCCAGAUAGUUGUUAAUAUUGUUUAAUAAAGGACAAUCACUUAAAAUUUGAAUCCUUUCAUAGCUGAAACAUGCUUUCUUUAAAGAAGAGCAUAUUUUCUUCUGUUCUGUGUGAUGUGAUACGUUAGGCCAAACUUCUAACUCAGUUACGACAUUUCAUAUUAAUAAGAUCAGCAGUUCUUUUAAGUGAAAUUAGCAUGUAUGAAAGGGACAUUAAAGAAGCAAUUACUGUUCAGGAAAAUCCCACAAUGACAUUGUGGGUUUUAUUAUAAGGUUGCUUUUUUUUUUUUUUUUUUUUUUUUUUUUUUU